GUUUUAUUAUCAAGUGACUGAAAAAGAUGUCGAGUCUCAGUCAGGAACUGAAGCGCUGGGCUGUUGAGGAGCUUGAGCUGCCAGCAUCCAGACUCCCGGACGACGGCUAUAUGAAGACAUUGUGCGUCGGUCCUGGAGCAUCCAUUUGGAAGUAUAUCACACAACAUGUUUAUAAAGAGAGGAAUGUUCGGGUGGUGCGGGGGAAUAUCCAGUGGUACAAAGUUUUACAAGAUAAAGAGUUAAAACAGUUGAAGAAUCAAAAUAAUGAUGCACGAAAGCUUGAGCUCCAGAGAGAAAUUGAUGCGCUUCAGACUGAACUCAGUCAACUGGACACAAAGAUCACUAGAGUGGAGGAUCAACUUGCUGCUGAAGAGCAAAGCUUGAACAGGAACUGGGACGGCUUUACAGAGAGCAGAUGCAGACAGAUCCUGUUGGAUUGUUUCAGGCAGCGAUGCUCUGAGGACAGAAAUGCUUUGCUAGAGGAUACACGCGUGAUUGGUGACCAAAGACAGUCCCUGGACGAACUGGCCAAGAAAGCUGAAGUGAAGCUGGUGUUUGGACCAUCUGACCAAUCAGACAAUGAAGCUGGAGCAGACCCCUUAGUUUUAAAGGAUGUGAGAGAGCUCUGCAACGAGAGGGUUCACUUCCUCCAGUGCCUGCUGGAAAGCGAGCUAAAAGCAAAUCCAUCCACGCAAUUUACUCGAGAUCAAAGGCAUGCUGUGAUCCAGCACUGGACAAGUGCUGUGGAGAAUGUUUUACGAUCUCAUCCACCAAACCAAGUGCUUUCAGCUUUGCAAGCCUUGACCUCCAGACAUCAGGUGGCAUUGGAGGAGAAGAUCACUGCUUUAAAUUUGGAGCGUGACGUUUCAGCUUUAGGGUUUCGUUAUGAGAGCGAUCACCUAAUAGAUGUGUCUUCUGAGCUUGAGGAGUUAACUCCUGUCCGCAGUCUGUUACAGUCUGCCUGGGAGGAGGUGGAACAGAGUUAUUUUGAGUUGGCUCAGACUCGAAGUAGAAGGCGGCAGAUGGAGACUGAACUCACGGCUUUGAUAAGAAAAGCAGAGGCGACACACAAAACAGACUCUGUGUCCAGGUGUGUGUUUGAGUUGGAGAUGGAGGCAGUGAAGCAGGUAUCAGUUCGGGACAGCAUCAGAGAUCAGUGUGUUCAGCUACAGCAGCAGGCCAGACAGGGUCAGGACGCCAUCAGAGCCCUGCAGACGCAUUGGCAGACUGUCAUGGACUUUAGACAGCUUGUGAACCGGAGACAAGAGCAGAUACGAAGCCUGAUCAAGGGAAACUCAUCUGUGAAGGCUGAAUUAACACGUGUCCAUGAAGAGGUUGGACAGUUUUUUAAGGAUGAGCUCAGUCCUCAGUUUGUCACUGUGAUUGGAGCCAGCAGUAGACAGCGCAAUUCUGUGUCUCAGGGUGCCAAGCAUUUUAGCUGUGUAUCACUUGCAGCACUGGAUCGCAGAGUCAUGAAGGGGGGACAGAGGGCACCAGCGGCUCAGCUUUCCAUCCACCGGAUACAAUCACUAGCUUUCCACAAACUCUGUGAAAGCCUCUCAUUUCCUAUGUACAUGGCUCCAGAAGAGCUGUGGUCUCAGGCUGUGACUCGACGGCUGGAGUUCAGAAAUCUGCGCAGGCUUCUUCAGCUUUUCUCAGAUUCAGCCGCAGACCUGCAGAAGCGGGCCGCACAGUUACCAUCACCCGAUCAGCAGACUUUGCUGCAGCGAGUGAAAAUGGAAGAUGAGGAGAUUCUGCAGACGCUGCUCCCUCGGGCUCGUGAGCUCAUGCACAGGUGCUCUAAAGGCCUGCUUUACUCUGAACAAGUGAAGACUGCCAUCACACACUGGUGGGAUCAGCCUGCUCAGUUUGCGCUGCCGGAGAUGGAGAGAGAAGGACUGACCUUCCAGCAGUGGCUCCAGAGGUGGAGACUUGCUACUAAAGAAUCCUGACUUAGCUCUGCAUAAAGUGAAGUUUACAUGCAUCUGUACACCGUUCACACUUUAUCAAAUCUCUCUUGCCUUUGAAUAACCUGAUAAGUAGUAUAGUUUUCUAGUUAUUACCCUGUUCAGUUGUUUGUACAUCCCUAUUCAAGAAAUAUUUUGGGCACUUUUUAAUGAAUUUCACAAUAAAUAAGCAAUAAUAGACACUGGAA